UUAUCUGUCCAAUACACAUGCGCACAAUUAAGAAUAUCGGCCGCCAUCAAUCAAGCCGCCAUUUUUCUAACCCUGACCACACUACUAUUACUAUAAGUUCACAACCAUGUGUACUAAUCCCUUUUAUCUUCUUCAAUCUUCAUCAUCAAAUUUCUCACUCUCUCUUUAGUUUCUCUCUUUAUCUCUAUUUUUUUUCUCUCUUAAUGGAAAACUACUCCAUAUUCUCUUCUUCUACUAACUCAUCAACUUCUUCACCUACUAAUAGUAAUUUCCCUUUCUCAUUAAGCCAAGUUUCAAGCACUUCCAAUAAUAGCUUUGAUCAUCAUCAUGAUCUUCAUCAUCAUCAUCAUGUAGUAGAUCAUUAUCAUGAUCAUCAUGAUGGAAACCAAUCUCAGCCGUUGAUGAUGGGUGAUCAACACCAAAUUCAAGUUCCUAAUAUGGUUGUUCAUCAUCAAUCUCAUUUGAUGAAUAAUUAUCAUGAUGAUCAUCAUGGUAUUACUCAUAAUUAUCAUGAAGAUAAUAAUAAUAAUGAUGAUCAAAACAAGAGGAUUAAUAUGGUUAAUGAUCAUCAUAAUAGUAAUAAUAAUAAGAUGAUUAAGAAGGGAUCAAUGGAGAAGAAGAAGGUGAAAAAACAUAGGUAUGCUUUUCAAACAAGGAGCCAAGUUGAUAUUCUUGAUGAUGGUUAUAGAUGGCGAAAAUAUGGUCAAAAAGCUGUCAAGAAUAACAAGUUUCCAAGGAGCUACUACAGAUGUACAUAUCAAGGAUGCAAUGUGAAGAAACAGGUUCAACGCCUUUCAAAUGAUGAAGCAGUUGUUGUCACUACAUAUGAAGGAAUUCAUUCUCAUUCUAUUGAGAGAUCUACAGAUAAUUUUGAACAUAUUUUGACACAAAUGCAAAUUUACAAUUCUUUUUAAGAGUUUUUUAUUGAUAAAAAAAACCUUCAAGGAAUUGUAUACGAGGGGGGGAAAACCCUACUAUAGAAGUGUGUACUUAUUAGUUAUUAACUUAUUACUGCCAAAAAUGUUAUACAUGUAAUUUUGUAAAUCAAGCAAGGUUAGUAUGCCUUACAUUUUUUCAUGAGAAAGAAUACUUUUUUUUUUUACAAAGAUUUAGUCUCUUUUUAUUUCUGUCAUCAGCAAAAUAUAUGAGGAACCUUAAUAUAUGUGACAAAUUAAAUGGAAA